ACAAGCAAAAACAAAACCUCAGUUUUCCCAAAAAUGGUCAAGACAGAAAUCAAAAUUUCAUCGUCGUCAUCAUUGUCGCCACCUCAAAACUCAAAGAAGAGAUUCAAGGGAGUGAGGAUGAGAAGCUGGGGAUCAUGGGUCUCCGAGAUCAGAGCGCCCAAUCAGAAAACGAGGAUUUGGCUCGGCUCCUACUCCACGGCGGAGGCGGCGGCGCGAGCCUACGACGCCGCGCUCCUAUGCCUCAAGGGGUCCUCCGCCAACCUCAACUUCCCCGCUUCCUCCAAGAAUCUCAUCAACGCCGAUCAAACCAUGUCUCCCAAAUCAAUACAAAGAAUAGCCGCGGCCGCGGCCGCUGAAGUUCUAGAAGGUUCUAGAAACCCUAGCCCUCUGUCGCCAAUGUCGAGCGAGGGCGAGUCGUAUCAGAUCGAAUAUGACUGGAUUUUGGCGGCGGCGGCGGGCUGCUUCGAGGAGGAGAAUGACGUGGCGGCGUGGUACAACUUUGAUUCCCCGAGGUACAAUGAGAUGAUUAAUGGGGUGUUUUUCGAUCCUUUGAUGAUGGAGGAUUAUUCGUAUGAAGAUGGGGAUAUUCGGUUGUGGAGCUUCUCUUGAAUAUUUUUUUUAUUAUUGUUUAUUUAUUGGAUGAUGAUCUUCAGUUUAUUUUGACGAAGACAUUACUGACUUAUAAAUAUAAUCAGGAUGGGAACUAUACAUACAUGGAGUAUAAUUUUUG